AUGGAUUUGGUUUUAGGAGCUUUGUUGGUGGUGUUCAUCACGAUCCUAGGGAGGAUCCUUCAACAGAUUUGGAGGCCCUAUGCGAUCGCAAAAUUCUUGAAGAAGCAAGGAGUGAGCGGUCCGGGCUAUAGAUUUGGAUCAGGAUCGAUCGAGGAGUUCAAGAAGUUGAAUCAAGCCACGGAUGAUUUGGUUCUUGAUAACCAUUGCCAUGACAUCACCAAGACAAUUCGCGUCUACUACAACAAAUGGUUCUCUCAAUUCGGGAAAACGUUUUUGUAUUGGAAUGGAACCAAGCCCCAGCUUUGCAUAAGCGACAUGGAGAUGGUUAAGGAGGUUUUGGAAGACAAAGUGGGUCUCUUCUCCAAGAUGAAAUUGCCUCCUACUGUUCUUGCCCUCUUGGGCAAUGGUUUGGUGUCAGUCGAAGGCGACGAUUGGGUCAGGCAUCGUAAAGUUUUGAAUCCCGCUUUCGCCAUCGACAAGCUCAAAUUCUUGACAAGGGCAAUGGCGGAUUGCACCAAGGCACUGAUCGAAGAGUGGCACUACAGAAUAAGUCAAGAACAAGAUCGGCAAAAGGAAAUCGAGGUCGAGGUCUCGGCUAACUUCCAUGAAUUGGCUACGAAUGUGAUUGCUCACACGACCUUUGGCAACGACCACAAAGAGGGAAAGGAAGUGUUUUUAGCUCAAAGAAAAUUUCUGGCAGCAAGUUCAUUUGGGAGUCUGAACAUCCCUGGAUCCAAGUACUAUCCUACUAAGGAGAAUUUGCAAAAAUGGAAGUUAGAAAAGGUCAUUCGAAACACAUUGACGAGCAUCAUAAAGAGUCGACUCGACUCGAAGAAGGGUUCAGGCUUAGGAACUGAUCUACUCGGGUUGAUGUUAGACACGAGUCAAGUGCAACAUAACAAAAUACUAAGCAUCGACGAGAUCAUAGAUGAAUGCAAGACUUUCUUUUUCGCCGGGCAGGAGACGACUUCACUUUUGCUAACUUGGACUAUGUUCUUGUUGAGCACGAACCGAGAUUGGCAAGAGAAGCUCAGGGAAGAGGUGAUCCAACAUUGCGGGAACGAGAUUCCGAAUGCACAAAUGCUUAGCAAGUUGAAAUUGGUCAACAUGGUUCUCCUCGAAGCAUUGAGGCUCUAUAGUCCAAUUGUUUUGUUAGGGCGAGAAACCGCUAAAGAUUCGACUUUGGGAAACAUAAAGAUACCAAAGGGAGUUGCCUUGAUGAUACCAAUAGCUACAAUUCACAGGGACAAAAAGCUUUGGGGGGCUGACUCGAACGAGUUCAACCCACUUAGGUUCGAAAACGGAGUUUCGAAGGCCGCAACGCACCCGAAUGCGUUCCUUCCAUUCUCAAUCACUCCGCGAUCUUGCAUUGGGCAGAACUUCGCGAUGCUGGAAGCUAAAAUGGUGCUCGCGAUGAUCUUACAACAAUUCUCCUUUGUUUUGUCACCUAAGUACAAGCAUGCUCCUCAUGAAAUAGUCGUAGUAUUGCACCCGAAGUUCGGGCUCCCGAUAAUCUUAAGGCCACUGCAUGUUUGA